AUCUUCCUCCAUAAAAUGAUUUGAGAAAGACAAAGAGAAAAGUAAACUUUUUUUUUAGCACACAGAGAUAGAGAUAGAGAGGGAAAGAGGGGAGAGGGGGAUUGAAGAAAGAGCAAACAAAAAACCCCUCAAAAUUCAAUUUCCUUUCUCUGCUCUGUUUUCUGUUGUAGUUGUUUUCUUUUCAAUUUGGUUCAAGAAAUUUGUUGGGUUUGUGAGAUUUUUGUUGUAAAAAAUGGAGGGAGAAGUUGGAACAUGUUCAUCCAUGGCGGCUUUAGCUGAUUCAUUGAAAUGUGAAACACAAGGGGAAGGGGGCAGUGGUGGUAUUGUAAAUGAAUCGAAAUCUGCUAAGUUUCCUUUGUCGUUUUGGGAGAUUGGUGUAGCUGUUAGUGUCGUUUUGGGUUAUGCAUUGGGUCUUGGUUGUGUUUAUCUCACCAUGCCUGCUUCGGAUUAUAGCUUCCUCAAGCUUCCUAGAAAUCUUGAAGAUCUUCAAAUACUCAGGGAUCACCUGGAGAGCUAUACCAGUGACUAUACUGUUCAGGUCCUUGUCGGAUACUGUGUAGUCUACAUCUUUAUGCAGACAUUUAUGAUCCCAGGAACAGUUUUCAUGUCACUUCUUGCUGGGUCUCUCUUUGGAGUCUUCAGAGGUGUAGCACUGGUCGUAUUCACCGCUACUGCUGGUGCAUCAUCUUGUUAUUUCCUAUCCAAACUGAUUGGGCGGCCCCUUGUGUUCUCGCUAUGGCCUGAUAAAUUAACUUUCUUCCGUGACCAGGUCGCUAAAAGGCGAAAAGGGCUGCUUAAUUACAUGCUUUUCUUGAGAGUUACACCGACACUGCCAAACACAUUUAUCAAUGUUGCUUCACCAAUAGUGGAUGUGCCUUACCAUACAUUCUUCUUUGCAACUGUCAUUGGGAUCAUUCCAGCUGCUUAUGUCACUGUCAGGGCUGGAAUAACUCUUGGUGAAUUGCAGUCAGUGGGUGAUCUCUAUGACAUGCAUUCUAUAGGUACUCUUUUCCUUAUCGGCCUUGUAUCUAUUACCCCGACAUUGAUUGGAAACAAGAACUAAUACAGAGCUCAGCAUCAUCAGAAAGCACUGUGAAGUGCCUAGACCACCAUUAAUCUUCCUCGGCAUGACUUCAUUAUCUGUACAGAUUAGCGUUAGACAGUUGCAUUGUGCUCAAGUCUCAGCCGCAGAAAGUUAUGAAGCUAUUGAAUUUAUUCCUGAAGCAAUU